AUGAAGGACGCAGACAUUGUUGGCCAGUCAUUGGCCGAGGUCUUGCCUCAGACCAACAAGUAUUGGUUCCAGCACAAGCAUCUACUCCAACUGAACCUCCUCCUUCUAGUCCCUCUUAUUUCGUCUUCAGUUGCGGGCUACGAUGGAUCGCUUAUGAACGGUCUUCAAUCCCUUCCACAAUGGCGCGACUACUUCGGCAACCCAGUAGGAACCAAACUUGGAUUGGUCAAUGCCGCCCAAUCGAUGGGCUCAGUUGUUGUAUUGCCCGUUGUUGGCUGGGCAAGCGACCGCUGGGGCAGAAAACUAGUCCUUCUGGCAGGUAUAAUAGGUGUAGUGUUGGCAACCAUCAUCCAGGCCACUUCAACAACACUAGCUCAACUUGUUGUCUCUCGACUGAUAGUCGGUGCCGCGGGUAUGCUUGUCGUUCAACCAGCGCCCAUGCUCAUCGCCGAACUUGCAUACCCGACUCAUCGAGGAAAAUACACUAGCGCCUUCUGGACGAUGUACUAUCUCGGAGCAAUCCUUGCCAGUUGGACAUGCUUCGGUUGCGAAAGUAUUCAGAGCAACUGGGCCUGGCGUAUUCCUACCAUCAUGCAAGCAGCAUAUCCCCUGAUCCAGGCAGCCUUCUGGGUUUGGGUACCUGAAUCUCCUCGUUGGUUGGUGGCACAAGAUCGCACACCAGAAGCUAUGGCAAUCCUAGCCAAGUACCAUGCUGGUGGAGACCUCAAUAGUCCCUUGGUCGUUCGCGAGAUGGGUGAGAUUGUUGAUGCCAUUCGGUUGGAGAAAGAAACGAAGACACCAGGUUGGGGGGCACUGGUUGAGACUCCUGGAAAUCGCAAGAGACUGUUUAUUGCCGUGUUUCUUGGUGCUGCUGCUCAAUGGAACGGCAUUGGCGUUGUGUCGUAUUACCUCACGCUCGUGCUCGACAGCGUUGGCAUCACCGAUUCGUUCACACAGACCCUCAUCAAUGGCUUACUUCAGAUCUUCAACUUCGGAGCCGCACUUUCCGCAGCCUUCCUUGUCGAUCGUCUCGGUCGCCGGACAUUAUUUAUCUGGUCGGGAUUCGGAAUGUUGAUUUCCUACAUUGUGUGGACUGCAUGCUCAGCAGUCAAUAGCAUCGACGGAAGCAAGCCGGCAGGUAUCGUCGUGAUUAUCUGUCUUUUCACCUUCUAUUACCACUAUGACAUUGCUUAUACGCCACUACUGAUGUCGUAUCCAACUGAGAUCUUCCCAUACAGCUUGCGCAGCAAGGGACUGACCUGCGAACUCCUGUCGAUCUACGCAUCCCUCGUCAUCGCUGCCUUCACCAAUCCGAUAGGCCUCGAAAAUCUUGGGUGGAAGUACUAUAUAGUGUUCUGUUGUUUCCUUGUUGUGAUUCUUGCCGUCACUUUCAUCACAUUUCCUGAAACAAAGGGCUUCUCGUUGGAAGAAAUUGUCCAGAUCUUUGAUGGUCCACAGGCGGUGAGAGAUGUGGAGGAGUCGGAGAAGGAAGUCAAGAAAGGCUUCGCGGUCGAGGCUACUGAGAAGAUCGAGCGAGUUUGA